CAGUCUUUGGAGAAUCAGCCCCUUCAGCUGAAAGGACGGCCCCUGAGCAGCACCAGCCUCCAGAGCCCGCGGCGGACCAGGACCUCUCCCCUACAACCGCUCUUCCCAGCCCGUCUUGGCUCACAACAGCGUGUCUCUCAAAGCCAGGAGAUGCCUAAGGAGCAGCAUGAGGUGGCCAUAAUGGGGGCACCCCACAGCUCAGCUUCUAUGACCACCACCAUCAACAUGCCCAGAGAGGUCUCCCUGCCCGACCACGUGGUCUGGUCUCUGUUCAACGCACUCUUCAUGAACUUCUGCUGCCUGGGUAUCGCUGCCUAUGCUUACUCCGUGAAGUCUAGGGACAGGAAGAUGGUGGGCGACAUGACUGGGGCGCAGGCCCAUGCCUCCACCGCCAAGUGCCUGAACAUCAGCGCCAUGAUCUUCAGCUUCUUCAUGACCAUUGUCUUCAUCGUUAUCAUCACCACCACCUCUGCGGCAGCCAUCCGGGCCGCCGGUUCAGUGAGUCAGGGAAACCAGGGCUUCUAGUCCUGUAAUGUGUUUCAACAACUUCAGCCGCCCCUCACCCAGCCACUGAGGCCCUGACCCUUCGACCCACAUCUAAGGAAGAUGUGACAUUCAUACAUGUGUCCACUGUGGAGUCAAUAAAAUGCAGGGCGUGAAAACUG